UUGCAGUUCAGUGUCGCAUUCUCAUAUCACUCUCGUUGUUAAUGUCAGAAGAUUAGUUAAUAAACAAACCUUGUGAAUGGCAGCUGAAUCGACCAGUUUUCUCUUUCGUUCGUUCUCGGCUCCGUCGGAAACUUCCGCCGCCACUCAAGAGGGGGACUCCAAGAGGGUACUUGGUGAAUCUAUUUCUUUUGGGAGGUUUUUGUCAGAAAGUCUGAAUUGGGAGAGAUGGUCAUCGUUCACAAGCAAUCGUUAUGUGGAGGAGGCCGAGAAAUAUUCCAAGCCGGGUUCUGUUGCUGCGAAAAAGGCCUACUUCGAGGCUCAUUACAAGAGGAAGGCUGCGGAGAAACAGGCUGUCUUGGCUCAAGAAGCUAAUGAAGCUUCAGGAACUUUCAAUUCAGAAACACUGGAAUCAAAUUGCAAUGACUCAUCAGAUGUUGCCGAGUCAAGUGCCGAUGUGAUUGUGGCUUCAGAUGAACAGCCAGACAAAGAAGCUGAUGAUUGCCAAGUUGUUAUUGAUUGUACCAGUAGAAAUAACCUUGAUGUUGGACAAAGUGAUUCAGGCAUUUCCAAUGUGCAUGGAGAAGGGGACGGAUCAUAUACUCACGUUAUUACAAACGAAAGUUGUCUCAUUACUGCUGAUUCUAACCAGCAUGAUCAAAUUGAAAUCCAUCAGAAUAUUGCUCUCCCUGGAGAAGAGAAGAAGUCUGAUCAUGGUGUCGCUGAUGCGCAAGUUUUGCCUUUGCCUGCUGAAGGAACAGAAGUAAAUUCUUCGCCAGAAUUAUCAGCUAAAACUUGUACCCCCCAGCAGCUUUCUCACACUCUUAAUGAAAGGAAGGCUGCGGAAGCAUUGCCUCCUAGAAGUGGAAUAAAAAAGAAGUCAAUCAGCAUCUUGACUGAGAAUCGUAGGCAAACUUCACAGUCACUCCACAUGUCAAUCAAUCUUUCCUCGGGCAAUGGUGAAACAAGCAAAACAGAUGCACAAUCCAGAAAUGGCGUAAACAGCACCUUGAAAAGUAAGAAGGCUGCUGAAGUUUCAAUUGAGAAGAAGAGACUAACCGGUCCUUCUGGUGCCAAUAAAACAAGUAUGACAGCUACUGCUACUGCAGCUGUUAAACCUAGACCUGUAAAUCACACAUUGAAGGGUAUGAAGCCAGGCGAAGGCUCUGUGGAGAAGAGACCAACUUCGAGCUCACUCCGCAGAUCACUCAAUCUCCCUUCUAGCACAGGCAAAGCAACUGAAAUGGCUUCAGUGUUUGAUAAAAGAAUUGAAAGGAAUCAUUGUAGUUUGCGCAAUAUUCCCAAAGUUCGUCCACUGGCAUCUAACAUAUCAACUAAGGUGUCUUGUGAUUUCUCGAAUCAAGAUUCAGAAAAUCCACCUUAUCCAGGAAGAAGGACUGAAGAGGUACUUAAGUCUGUGUCUAGAGGUGUUGCUGCGAAUGUGAAACUUCCCUCCGCCUCUUCUGAAUGCAUGAAACCUUCUAGCAGCAUCAAUAUUAUUCCUCGACCCCCUACCAUGUCAUCACCGUUUAGAUUCAGAAGUGAAGAAAGAGCAGUAAAACGCAAAGAGUUCCUUGAAAGGGUGUAUGGAAUCAAAAACAAAGAAGUUGAGAAAAUUCAGUUUCAAAGGACACCCGAGCAGAAUAACAUAAAGCAUGAUUUCAAGCUGGGGCAGAGCAGUGGCUCUAAACCCAAACUAAAUCAGGACGGGCCUGGUGCAUCGUGCUCGCCUAGUAAUCAGAUCCAAAAGACCUCAGUGACACAUAAAAGCUUUGGAAAUUCAUGGAAGCCUCCAAUCAGCACCAACAAUUCCAAUCGUGCUACACAAAAACUCAACCGAUCAACAAGGCACUCAGUAACUUCAAUGACAAAGAUCACACGAGAAAAUGCUUCUCCAAAUAUUCAGCAUUGAAGGGUAAUAUUGACCCUUGUGUUGACUUAGAUCAUGCUGUCUAACACAAUACUGAGUCCACUCCAUUUUCGGUGACUUCAACUUUGUAUCAGUGAAAAGAUCAGCAGAUUUUAUCUUUCUGAUGUGUAGUUUCACAGAAGUGAAAAUUUUGUAUUUUAGUCUUAGUUUUCUAGUUAUAUCUAUAGAUUCUAGAAUAUGAAUAAGUUUUUGAACUAGGAAGGGAUAAAAUGUAAAUUUUCUGGCAUAAAAAUAAUAAAGUAAAAAAAAAAUAGUUGUAUUGUAGACCAAAUAAGAGGU